GCUAUUUUUGCCAACUGUGUGGCCAUGGGGGUCACAAAGCCAUAUCCAGAUGAUGAUUCCAACCACACCAACCACCAGCUGGAACAAGUUGAAUACGUCUUCCUCGUCAUCUUCACCAUCGAGACCUUCACCAAGAUCCUUGCCUACGGUUUAGUGAUGCACCCCAGCGCCUACAUACGCAGCGGUUGGAACCUGCUGGAUUUUAUCAUCGUCAUCGUCGGGUUGUUCAGUGUGAUGGCGGAGGGAAUGACGGACCAUAAGCCUGGCGAGGCCCACCAUGCUGCAGGAAAACCCGGAGGCCUGGAUGUUAAAGCUCUCAGAGCGUUCAGGGUGCUGCGACCUCUUCGGCUCGUAUCCGGCGUGCCAAGUUUACAGAUUGUGUUGAACUCCAUCAUGAAGGCCAUGGUCCCACUGCUCCACAUCGGCAUGCUCGUCAUGUUCGUCAUCAUAAUCUACGCCAUCAUCGGCUUGGAGCUUUUCCUCGGCAGGAUGCACAAGACGUGCUUCGACACCAGCACGGGCCUCAUGGUGGAGGACGAUCCGUCCCCGUGUGCUUUUGCGGGAGUCGGACGUUUUUGUGUCACCAAUGGCACCGAAUGCAAAGGGAAGUGGGAGGGUCCGAAUGGCGGCAUCACAAACUUUGACAACAUUUUCUUUGCCAUGCUCACAGUUUUCCAGUGCAUCACUAUGGAGGGCUGGACAGAUGUUCUCUACUGGAUGAAUGAUGCCAUCGGCUUCGACAUUCCCUGGGUCUACUUUGUUUCUUUAGUCAUUUUCGGAUCAUUUUUCAUCAUCAACCUUGUAUUGGGUGUGUUGAGCGGCGAGUUCUCCAAAGAAAGAGAGAAGGCUGUUGCGCGUGGAGAGCUGCAGAAAGCUCAGGAGAGCAAGCAGAUGGAGGAGGACAUGAUCGGAUACAUGGACUGGCUUAUAGAAGCCGAGGAUGUGGACGAAGAAGGAAACAAACGUGCUGCAAUUGCAAAGAAAAAGAUGAUGAAGAAAUUUGGUUGGUACAAACACAGCGAGGACGGAGGAGAGUCUGACUCUGACGACGAUAUCGCUUAUCUCGAUGAUGAUAAUGGCUUCUGUGCUUCACUCAUGGCGAAGAUGAUGGCUAACAGCUUCUGUGACCAGUUGUGCCAGCUGAACCACACAAUGAGGAAAAACUGCCGGGUUGCAGUGAAGACCACAAACUUCUACUGGUUGGUGUUGCUGCUGGUGUUCCUCAACACGGUGGCCAGCGCCUCGGAGCAUUACGGACAGCCAAAAUGGCUCACAGAAAUGCAGGAGCGAGCCAAUAAGAUCCUGCUGCUGCUCUUCACCUUGGAGAUGCUGAUGAAGAUGUACGCCUUCGGUCUUCAGAUCUACUUCAUGGCCCUGUUCAACCGCUUCGACUGUUUCGUGGUGUGUGGCGGCAUUCUCGAAACGCUGCUUGUAGAGAUGGAUGUCAUCCCGCCCAUCGGCAUCUCCGUACUGCGCUGCAUCCGGCUGCUCAGGAUUUUCAAGAUGACCCGGCACUGGGCUGCUCUCUCUGAUCUGGUCACCUCACUGCUCAACUCCAUGAAAGCUAUCUGCUCCCUUCUGCUGCUGCUCUUCCUCUUCCUCAUCAUCUUCGCCCUGCUGGGGAUGCAGCUGUUUGGAGGGAAGUUCAACUUUGACGAUACUCAGAUGAAGAGAAGCACGUUUGACUCCUUCCCUCAGGCUCUGUUAACAUGUUUCCAGAUUCUCACCGGAGAGGACUGGAACGCCGUGAUGUAUGACGGCAUCAUGGCGUACGGCGGGCCGAUCUUCCCUAACAUGGUGGUUUGCAUUUACUUCGUCAUCCUCUUUGUCUGUGGUAACUACAUCCUGCUAAACGUCUUCUUGGCUAUCGCUGUGGAUAACUUGGCAAGCGGCGGUGGAAAGAAAGCAGUAGAGGAGAAAAAGGAGGAAGAAGAGGAUUGGGAUGAGGAUGAAGAGAAAGAGGAUGAAGAUGCAGGGAAUGAAGAGGAUGACUGGCAGGAAAACGAGGAGCUGAGAGCCAUCGAGGGCCUGGAGGGCGUUGCUCCACUAAAGCCCGAGUUCUCCGGCCCCAAAGAGAAGAUUGUGCCGAUUCCUGACGGAAGCUCCUUCUUCAUCCUUGGAAAGAAAAACUGUUUGCGAGUUGCCUGCCACAACCUCAUUCACCACCCCUACUUCACCAACUUCAUCCUCAUCUUCAUCAUCCUCAGCAGCAUCUCGCUGGCUGCUGAGGAUCCCAUCAAAUCCCACUCUUUCAGAAACAUCGUGCUCGGAUACGCCGAUUACGUCUUCACUUCGGUUUUCACAGUGGAGAUCGUCCUGAAGAUGACGGUUUAUGGAGCUUUUCUUCACACCGGCUCUUUCUGCAGGAACGCCUUCAACCUCCUGGACCUGCUGGUCGUCAGUGUGUCGCUCACGUCUUUCUUCUUACAUUCGAGUGCGAUCUCCGUGGUGAAAAUCCUGCGAGUCCUCCGAGUGCUGAGGCCGCUGCGAGCCAUCAACAGAGCCAAGGGGCUGAAGAACGUGGUGCAGUGUGUCUUCGUGGCGAUUCGCACCAUCGGCAACAUCUUGAUCGUCACCACUCUGCUUCAGUUCAUGUUUGCUUGCAUUGGAGUGCAGCUUUUCAAGGGCCGAUUCUACAGCUGCACAGACGAAGCCAAACACACGCCAGACGAGUGCAAAGGAACCUUUGUGGUGUAUAAAGACGGGGACAUGAACCACCCUAUGGUCAGAGAGAGGAUCUGGGAAAACAGUGACUUUAACUUUGACAAUGUGCUGAUGGGGAUGCUGGCUUUGUUCACUGUGUCCACGUUUGAAGGCUGGCCUCAGCUCCUGUACCGGGCCGUGGACGCCAACGCCAUAAACCGAGGCCCAAUUUACAACUACAGAGUGGAGAUCUCCAUCUUCUUCAUCAUCUACAUCAUCAUCAUCGCUUUCUUCAUGAUGAACAUAUUCGUGGGUUUCGUCAUCAUCACUUUUCGAGAGCAAGGAGAGGCCGAGUUCAAAAACUGCGAACUCAACAAGAAUCAAAGGCAGUGUGUGUAUUACGCCCUGAAAGCUCAGCCAAUAAAGAUCUACAUCCCUAAAAACCCGUCGCAGCUGAAGUUCUGGAGGAUCAUCAACUCCAGCCAGUUUGAAUACGUCAUGUUUGUGCUGAUUUUGGGAAACACUCUCACUCUGGCGGUUCAGCAUUAUGAGCAGUCGAAGCUGUUCACCUCCGUCAUGGACAUCCUCAACAUGAUCUUCACCGUGGUUUUCACCGUAGAGAUGAUCAUCAAGCUGAUGGCUCUUCGAGCUCAUCAUUACUUCAUCGAUCCCUGGAAUUCAUUUGACGCUCUGAUCGUUGUUGGCAGCGUCUUGGACAUCGCAGUGUCUGAAUUUAGCGGAGGAGGCGGCCAUGGAGAGGGCGGUGGAAAAGGAGAAAGCGGGAAAGUGUCCAUCACGUUCUUCCGCUUGUUCCGAGUGUUGAGGUUGGUGAAGCUCCUCAGCAAAGGAGAAGGCAUCCGAACUCUUCUCUGGACUUUUGUCAAAUCCCUGCAGGCCUUGCCUUACGUUGGCCUCCUCAUCGCUAUGAUCUUCUUCAUCUACGCUGUGAUCGGCAUGCAGAUGUUUGGGAAAAUAGCCAUCGAUGACGACACAGACAUCAACAGAAGCUGCAACUUCCAGACGUUCUUCAUGGCGGUUCUGGUUCUUUUUAGGUGUGCCACCGGAGAGCAGUGGCAGCAGAUCAUGCUGGGCGCGCUGCCCGGCCGGCGCUGCGACCCGGAGGCCGACGUCGAGCCCGGCGAAGAAUACACCUGCGGGAGUAACCUGGCCUACCUUUACUUCAUCAGCUUCUUCAUGCUCUGCGCUUACCUGAUCAUCAACUUGUUCAUUGCUGUCAUCAUGGACAACUUUGAGUAUCUGACCAGAGACUGGACGGUUCUGGGGACUCACCACCUGGACGAGUUCAAGCGAGUUUGGUCCGACUACGACCCAGAAGCCACAGGUCGCAUCAAGCACAUCGAUGUAGUCACUAUGUUACGCAGGAUUCAGCCUCCUCUCGGCUUCGGAAAGCUUUGUCCUCAUCGCGUUGCUUGCAGAAGACUGGUGGCCAUGAAUGUUCCCCUCCACCCCGAUGGCACCGUCACCUUCAACGCCACUCUGUUCGCUCUGGUCCGAACUUCACUGAAGAUCAAAACUGAAGGUCCCGUUGAUCAGCAGAACGAGGAGCUGAAGGUUAUCAUCAAGAAGCUGUGGAAACACACAAAACCUAAACUCAUCGAUGAAAUCAUUCCGCCCCCUAGAGGCGAUGAGGUGACUUGUGGAAAGGUUUAUGCCAGUUUCCUGAUCCAAGAUUACUUCAAAAAGUACAGAAAGAGGAAAGAGAGGGAAAGGAAAUCCAAGAGGAAAGACAAGGCUGCUGCCCUGCAGCAAGGGCUGCGGACGCUGCAGGACUUGGCUCCAGAGAUGCGUCUGGCGAUGGCCUGUGACCUUGAGGAAGAGGAGGCCAUCGAGGGCGAGAUGACGGGCGACGAGAUCUUCGACAGCGAGCCGGGGACGUCGGCGAACCCCACGCCCGCCAGCACGCCGAUGCCGCCUCUGGACAUACUGGUGGAGCAGACGGCGGUGAUCAUCGAGCCCACGCCCCGGGUCGCCAAGAAGGACGUGAUCACCACGCAGGUGGAGGCCGUGCAGGAACACCUGAGGCCGGGAUCGGAGCUGGCCGGACUGAGAGUCGUUACAGAGCAGCCUGCAAGAUCCGAACCGCUUCCAAUCAGCGAAUCGCCUCUUCCUCCUUCUCCACCUCCAACAGAGAUGUCGGGAGGAGAAGACUUUCUCCUCAAAGAUGCACUCGUUCCAACUCAAAGUGAAGCGGCUGAGCAGUUUUACAGCAGUGAGGCGUUUAUGGCAAGCAUGCCGUCAGUAGAUGGGUAUGAGUAUCAAGAGGCGGUUUCUCCUGUACCAACCGAAACAGGAGACAACGGCCAGAGUUUGGAUGUAGCCAGCAGCAUAGGAGAAAUUCCCUAUGAAGGUCAUGACCCCAACGGCUUCAUCAGCAACGCAUACAGUGAAAACAAUAUGAAUGGAGGCAGUGCCGCUGUCAGUCCCGCUCCCUACGAUGCAAACGGAUACAACAGCAAUGAAUACACCGGCUACAACGAGAAUGGAAGUACUGUGAACGGUUGCAAUGAAAAUGGCAGCACCAUCAGCGGCUACAAUGGGAGCAGUGGUUACAAUGGGAACACUAGCUACAACGAGAAUGGCUACAAUGGGAACACUGGUUAUAAUGGAAACACUAACUACAACGAGAAUGGCUACAAUGAAAAUGAGAAUAAUGGAGCCCAGUUUGUCAGGAGACGAUUACUUCCUGCCAUACCAAAAGGUCGGAAGCCUGCGUUUAACUUCCAGUGUCUAAAGCCUCAGACCAGCGUUGACGACCUCCCCAUCCCUGGAAACUACCGUGGGAACACAUCUCCAUCCAGAUCCCGCCUGCAGCAGGGCCUGGACUCCCGGCCCAGCAGCGUGUCCUCCAUGUCGUCCGCCACCUGGGCCAACACGGCAGCAGCCGGAGCCACCCCCCUUCCAGGAAUAAUUGCCCCCACCGGGCGUCGCGGAAAGCUCAUCUACACGCCCAUGAUCCUGGUGGAUGAAGAAAGCGGCUCCAGUCAGCCGCUCUGGUGCGACGGGUCUGCCAGUCUCCCUGCAGGGAAACGACCGGGCUGGUACCCGGGUCAGACCAGAACCUUCACCAGCGUCAGGAUGCCACCUUCGGCCAACCAGGGCAUCAUAGAUAAAGGCAGCGCAGACAAUCUGGUCGAAUCGAUCUUGAUCUCCGAGGGCCUCGGCAUGUACGCCAGGGAUCCAAAAUUCGUGAGCUUUGCCAAGCGGGAAAUUGCCGAAGCGUGUCACAUGAGCCUGGACGAAAUGGAGAGCGCGGCUGCUGACCUGAUAGCGCGGGGAGCCAGUCACCUGUCCCGGUUCGAGGACGAACUAGCCGACGAAAUGAACUGCGUGAUUUCUUACUGAGAUCAGCAAAGCCAAAAGCAAAGAGAAAAACAGUAAGAACAUGAAAGUCUUGAGCCAAUAUUUUAUAAGAGUGUGUUAUGUCAGUUUAUAUGUCAGUUGUUUAAAGCAAAUAUUGCGUGUGAGAGGUGUGUUUUGUAGUUUUUAAACAUCCUGUUGGAUAUGAAAUACUUUUGUUUGUGAAUGCCAAAACAUGCACACAGAUGAGGCUCAGGAAGUUUUUAUAUUUACACAACAGUGCAAUAUAAAGUCAGACUUUUGCUUUUAAGUCAUUAUAACAGAGAAUUUACAAAAAAAUCAUAUGUAAUUUAGAUGAUAUCUCAAUGCAUUAUGUGUUUUAGAGAAACUACAUUAAAUUAAACUGAAUAUCCUCUAAGAUGCAGCAUUGAAACUUCUGUUAAAAAAAGUCUGUGGUGUAUUUCUUGAUUAUUGUGAGUGUUCAUCCAGGUCGCUUUACAUUCUGAGCAAAUAAAAUAUGUUUUCUCAAA